CACUUUUCCACGGUUCUUGAAAGUGACGCGCGCGCGCUCAGUCUGGCACAAAUCUUUAUUUAUUCUGAAAUAUUGUGCGCCAGCUGUUUUGGGGCGCGAGUUUGGAGCUGUUUGGCGUUAUUUUCUUACUGCUUACAAAAAUGCAUUGAAUUUGAACUAUGACUAUCAUUGAGCCAAAUUGUGCGUCAUUUCUCUCUUUUUCGCUUCAAUCGGUUGAGCCGAUCUGAUCCAAAAUGAAGUUUGGGAAGAAUAUAUGUAUCCUAAAUGUUGGUGGUACCAAGUAUGCUUUCACAAGAGAAGUUAUUAAGGAUUUUCCUCUCCGAAGAGUGAGCAGACUACACAGCUGUUCCUCUGAAAAAGAGGUCUUGGAGGUAUGUGACGAUUAUGACCGCGAGAGAAACGAGUUUUUCUUCGACAGGCACUCCGAGGCGUUUGUGUUCAUCAUGCUUUAUGUCCGAUCUGGAAAGCUCAGGUUUGUCCCGCAGAUGUGCGAGCUUUCGUUUUAUAACGAAAUGAUCUACUGGGGUUUGGAGAGCUCACAUUUGGAGUUUUGCUGCCAGCGACGGCUGGAGGAUAGAAUGUCGGACACAUUCACGUACUUUUCAGAGGAGGACAUCAAGGCAGAGGUGGAGUCCAGAGGUGAGGAGGAACAGGUCGGCAGGCUCGGGAACGCGCCGUGGCUGGAGAGGAUGAGAAGGACUUUUGAGGAGCCAGCUUCCUCAGUCGCGGCGCAGAUCCUUGCGUCGGUGUCAGUGAUUUUUGUGAUUACGUCUAUGGUCAUCCUUUGUGCAAGUACUCUGCCGGACUGGGAUACAGCAAAAAACAAUUCAGUGGAGGAACACAGGUACAUGCAUAACUUCAACAUCUAUCCAUCCUUGAUUAUCGAGGCAGUAUGCAUUGGCUGGUUUACUGCCGAAUGCAUAGUGCGCUUCAUUGUCUCACGGGACAAAUGUGAGUUUGUGCGCCGCCCCCUUAAUAUUAUUGACCUGCUGGCAAUCACUCCUUACUAUGUGUCUGUCACUAUGACAGCGCUGACAGGAGAGAACCCUCAGCUACAGCGAGCAGGAGUCACCUUGCGCGUACUACGAAUAAUGCGCAUCUUUUGGCUAAUUAAGUUGGCACGCCACUUCCUCGGUCUGCAGACACUGGGGCUGACGCUGCGCAGGUGCUACCGUGAGAUGGUCAUGCUGCUGGUGUUUGUCUGUGUUGCAAUGGCAAUAUUCAGUGCCCUGGCACAGCUGUUGGAGCAUGGACUUGACCUGGAGACUAGCAAUGAGGACUACGCCAGUAUCCCGGCAGCCUGCUGGUGGGUUAUUAUCUCCAUGACGACCGUCGGCUAUGGAGACAUGUACCCCAUCACCAUUCCGGGACGCGUGCUGGGUGGCGUGUGUGUCGUGAGUGGUAUUGUGCUGCUGGCUCUGCCCAUUACGUUUAUCUACCAUAGCUUUGUACAGUGCUACCACGAGCUCAAAUUCCGCUCAGCACGCUGCAUGCGAAGUCUCUCCUCUGAGUUUCUCAACUGACUGUAAAGUUGUUCAUCCUGAGAUCCUCGGAACGUGCUGGUCUUCAGCUUAGUAACAUCACCUGCUCUUAUGUGCCUUUAUUUUAUAACAUCAAAAACUGUACGCUCUAAAAUACAUUGAUUAUGACAAGGAACACACUACUUGUCCGGGUGAAAACUUCAGACAUAUGUAAUAACAUAAGUACCUCUUUAUUGAAGGACGUGUUCUUUGGACAAUACAGGCAUCAUGUUCAAACUUUCUCCAUCUCGGAACCAACAGAAAACAAUGAAUUAAAGAAAAAAACCCCAGCUUAAAGUGCACAAAAAAAAAAGAAAAAAAAAAAAAGCAUUAAGAUCCGAAGGAUUUGCACUAGCCAAUGUUUGUGUUGUAAACCCACGCCUGUGUGAACGAACAAAACUGAUCCAACAGCGUCAAAUAACUGUCCAUUAAAUAAAACAGACAACAGUGGCAUUUGACAACUACAGAUGGUCAGGCUGCCUGAAACAGGCAUCUGGCGAGACCUUGUGUCCUAACAGCGCUCUAGAAGGAGCUCAUACAUGUUCGUGUUUCCAUGGAGAGGUCCAUCCAACUUGUUAAAUCAUUAAUUCAGCUCCAUGGCUCUGUAAGCUCUCAAAAAAAAAAAAAAAAAAAAAAUGCAAGGAGAACAAAAGCAAAAGGUUUAAGGGGUUGGAGAGUGUUUGGAGUGGCAUAAUAGAAGCAUUUGAGCACGAUAUGAAAGUGAAUACUGUGAAACUCAUUCAUUUGUUUUGAUAAGAAAAGCGACUCACGAAUGUGAAAUUUCAAAUAAAUUGUAUCCUUGUCUUGAUCAUAGAAUGGUAGUUAACAUUACUAGUCACAAAAAAACAAACAUCAGCUGUUCCACCAGACAGCGACAGAUCUGCAACCUGUCCAUACAUGAGUGUGUGAAUCAAGAGGCAUUAACUAAAUUGAUUAGCAAACACCUCACCCACACACUCACCAGUAGGAGGGCUGUCACUCGCUUCCUUCCUCCUCUUUAAAUACAAGCACAUAAUCAAACCCUUUUUCCCUCAUUCCAGGAACUUUCUGACUUUAUGCGUCUUUAUAAAAUGAAAAAAUGAAUUUUGGGUCAUAUUUAAUAAGAUAUGCUAUUGGGGGACAUACUUUACAUUUUUAAUAGUAUUAUGUUAUUAUGGAAAUAAAAUAGAUAUAAAAGUAACAUUAUUAAAAGGCUAGAAAGCUUACAGAAUUUUGCUAAAGCUAAACUGAUCAUGAUGCUGAUGUAAAAAAGCAAGAUAGAUUGCAUUGUUCAAAAUUCAGGUUAUGCUCUAAUGACAUGAUUUGUCUUUAGCCUUAAUUGUCAUGCCAUAGAGAACUUCUUUUAAAUAAUUGCACAAACAUUGAUUUAUGUCACAUCAAGCAGAUUUUAUGCUUGCAUUUGUAAGGAGAUGUAUGCCUUCAUGUCUGUUUCAUUUCAUAGCUAUGAAGCAGCAGGGAUGUUGCAGUUUUAUGCUUCAAUGUAUUUGUGGCUAUUUGAGAAGGGGGUGUUAAAGAUGCAAAUGAAAUCUUAUGUAGCUCUAUUCUGUGAUUUAAAAUGUAUUCUAACUGGUAAAAUCAACUAUGUGUAUGAAGAAAAUAAAGAAAUGUUUAUGGAUUUUAAGAAUGAUCUGUUUCGUUCACCAAUUAUUAUAGAAGUUCUAGAACACAAAUAGCUAAAUAGCCUACAUACAAACAUAAAUACAUGGUGAAAUGUAUUAAGCGUAUGUCUUUUUUAUUUUAUACAAAACAAAACAAAUAUGGCAUACAAAAGAAACUCAGGUGUAAUAGUUCACUAUACAAUUUGUGUGUGUGUGUGUGUGUGUGUGUAUGUGUUUAGUUUAUUGGAUUUUAGUUGAAGAAUUAAAAAAGUGGUUUACUCUUCACAAACUAGAUUUAUGUAGAUAUGGAACAGUGUGAUUUGUUUUAUUGAAAAACAAUUAUGACCAUUUACAUAUCAAUGACCACAAAGUAGGCCUAUAUUAAUUUACAAAAAGUAAAAAAAAAGAAAAAAAAAAAGAAAUGCUUACGCAUAUGGUGUUUUCCCAUAAUUGGAAGGAAAUUAAUAAGGAAAGACACAUUUGGUUGUAAUCCUUGUUUAUUAAAUAAAAAAAAUAAAUAAAUAAAUGAAUAAAAAAAAAACGGAUUAUAUACAUAUACAUCAUAUAAACAUAUACAACUCCCAACACAUGUAAAAUUAAAAAUAAAAGCUACAAUAAAGUGCCUCUUUUUUAUUUAUUUGCUUUUUUAUUUCUAA